GUCCGAUUACGUCGCUCGGAAGCGUUCCACUUGGGUGAACGCUGAUAAGAGUUGUAGAAGCUGCUGUACAAAAUAUUGGUUCCAAUGCCCAUCUUCGAGGCACUACAUUUUGUCCAAUGAUAAGGCCGGUAACCCAGCAGUGACGUCUCACACCAGCCCCGUGCAAUUACACCCUUCCGCCGCUUCACAAAGUCCGUUCCCGCAUCGACGCUUCCCCGGAUCGUCGUCGUGUGCGUGCCUCGUGCGAACGAGACAGCACUCUCCGCCGAGGAUCUCCCCAAUCCCGAUCCCCAUCCUCACCAGACCUACCGAACCCAACCAACACUGGACGAAAUCCUUCUCGUAUGCCAUAACCAUGGGUAACUCGCCAAGCCGCGUCACGGCGCAAGACAAAGCAAUCCUCGACCUAAAAACCCAGCGUGACAAGCUCCACCAAUACCAGCGUAAAAUCACCGUCCUCACCGACCGAGAAACUGCCAUCGCGCGCCAGAUGUUGGCCAAGGGCGACAAGCAGCGGGCGCUCCUCGCUCUCCGACGCAAAAAGUACCAGGAAACUUUGCUCCAAAAAACCGAUGCGCAACUGGAGCAACUGGAAAAACUAACCUCAAGCGUGGAGUUUGCGCUAAUACAAAAGGACGUAUUUUUUGGUCUGCAGCAGGGGACAAAAGUGCUGAAAGAGAUACACGCCGAGAUGGGAGGGUUAGAUCACGUCGAGAAGAUGAUGGGAGAGACGGCAGAGGAGAUUGCUUAUCAACAGGAAGUAAGCGAAAUGUUAGGAGGUCGCAUCUCCAACCAGGACGAAGACGAAGUCGAAGAAGAGUUGGCGGCUUUGGAGGCCGAGGUGGCUGCGAAGAACCAACGGGUGCCCGUACAGCCAGUACCACAAGUGCCGCUACCAAAUGUUCCCGAUACCGAGUUAUCGUCACCGUUGAGAGCGGAAGAAGAGGAGAGACAGCAGCGGCAACGGCAACGACAAGAGGAGAGACAGGCCAUGCUGGCCUGACGAUGAUUUAUGAUUAUAUAUCCACAGAGGUGAGAGGUGUUUCGGAGUUUUUCAAUAAAAGGUCUUUGGGUUUGAUAUGGUUGGGGGCAUGAGGAAGCCGGUUUGGAGAUUACCGUGAAUACCCAUCUUUACGAUUUCCGAUCUUGGGUUGGUUGGGAAAGAGAAAUGAGCUCGUCGAUCCACCUUCUGUCCACAAACCUUGGAUACCUUCACGUUCGUAAUCUAGUAUUAUCACUCAUCUCCGUAUCGAAAGUUGACUGUCCGAAUUGAAUACGCAAAGUUCAAUGCUAC